ACUAUUCCUGAUAGGUUUGUAGGGUAACUACUUUGGUCUAUUUGUUCAGUUUUUAUUAAAUUUUGUUCUAGUUCUAUCAAUAUGAGAUUUUAUUUAGUUAAAAUUAAAUUUCGUAAUCAUUUUUUUCGAUUACUUUCACUAGGUUGCCGUAAAUGAAGUUAAAAUUGUUUAAAAAAGCAUAUAAAUAAAAUUUAGCUAUUUUUAAACAGUGUAAGUGAGCACAAUGCAUUCAAAUUACAAAUCUGUCUUCAGAGAUAUUUACAAUAGACAAUAUAGUUAUAAAAAUAAUUUGUAUAGAACGGCAAAAGAUGAUGAAAGUCUUCUUCAAAGAUUAGGGCUACUUAAAAAAUUGCAAAUUCAUCACGGCUGUGUUAAUACUAUUUGUUGGAAUGACACUGGGGAAUAUAUUCUUUCUGGUUCUGAUGAUCAAUGUCUAGUCAUAACAAAUGGACACAAUUAUGAUGUCUUAGGAAAAUACACUACCAGCCACCAUGCUAACAUUUUUAGUGCAAAAUUUCUUCCACAUACGAACGAUAAACAAAUUGUAUCUUGUUCAGGGGAUGGAAUUAUUAUCCAUACAGAUUUAUCUAGGACAGAAGAAACAUAUGAUAAUAUAUUUAAUUGCCAUGCUGGAACCACUACUUAUGAAGUAAUCACUGUCCCAAAUGAACCAUAUUCAUUUCUAAGUUGUGGUGAAGAUGGUACUGUAAGAUGUUUUGAUUUGAGAAGUAAAAGCAGCUGUCAUAAACCUAGAUGUAAGGAUGGUACAAUAAUAUCCUGUCUAAGAGCAGUUACAGCUUUAGCUCUUAGUCCUACUUCUUAUUACCAUUUAGCUAUCGGCUGUGCUGAUUCAUCUGUACAAAUCUUUGACAGGAGAUACAUUAACACUAAAAUUGGAGGUAUGUAUGUUUGUACUACAAAUUGUCGUGUAGUGAAUGAUCUUGUAUUUUUAGGGCAACAUCAGGGACAACCGUUUUGUACAUUUGUUGCUCCCCAUUUUGAAAAUGACAGACAUUACAGAAUAACGUCAUUAAGUUACAGCAGAGACGGACAGGAUAUGCUCGUCAGUUAUUCAUCAGAUUAUCUCUAUUUAUUUAAUGUUAUGGAAAGUAGUACUAUACAGCUUAAAAAACCCUUCCAGAAAUCUUCACAUUGGGAUAAAAUUAAAGCUAUGACAGGUAAAAGGGAAAGAUUAUCUCCUAUACCUGUCAGGAGGUUGAGGUUGCGAGGUGAUUGGUCAGAUACUGGUCCAGAUGCUCGACCAGAGAGAGACAACAGCUCUUCAUCCGCUAAUCUCGGCCAGGCAAGACCACAACUACAAGCAACUCUUAUGCAACGUAUGACAGAUGUAUUAUCUCGUAUGCUGAAUGAUCCGAUGACUAGGGCAGCGCUUAGUGCCGGUGGAGAAGAUUCCGUGGAUGCAGACGAUAACGCCCAAAGAAUAUUAGAUAAUAGAAACAAUAGUCAAUCAGAAGAAGCUUCUGGUAAUAGUAGCAUGGAAACGGAACAAACAGGACCCGAACAGAGCUCAGAUCGUCCUACGUCUCAGAUAAAUUCAUUAAAUUCGGAAGGUAUACGAUGCGGACCAACCAGUCACCUUCACUGUCAUCUGAUAGCCUUAAGGAAUCUUCGGGAAGGUUUCAUUGAACAACAUGGUGCUGAACCUUCGGUUAGUUUCAGAUAUUCACAACAGAGUACCUCAAAUUCAACGAUUAGUCUUCGAGUUAGUAAUAGAAACAACGCCAACGAAUCGGCAACAGUGCCUUCUACUUCAGAACGAGAGGUUUGGGGGGAAAAUCAAAGAGCCGAAGAAACGAAUGCUGACGUUGAUCUAGAUUACGAUGAUGUUGUUAUAAGUGAAGAUGAAACAGUCGAAGAAGAGGAAGAACCUGAAAAACAUCGUACCUACGAAGCUGAAAUGAAAAUGAAAUAUGUAGGUCACAGAAAUUCACGCACCAUGAUAAAAGAAGCGACUUUCUGGGGGGACGAUUACGUAAUGUCAGGAUCGGAUUGUGGUCAUGUUUUCAUAUGGAAUCGUCACACGGCAGAUCUCAAAAUGCUCCUCCAAGCCGAUCAACACGUUGUGAAUUGUCUCCAACCUCAUCCUACUCUACCUUUACUUGCUACUAGCGGUAUAGAUCACGAUGUUAAACUGUGGGCUCCUAUUUGUGAAGAAUCUUGCUUCGAUGAAAAAUCAGCCGGGGAUUUGAUAAAUAGGAACGCAAUCAUGUUGGAAGAAACUAGGGAUACUAUAACCGUCCCAGCUGCUUUUAUGAUUCGAAUGUUAGCUUGUUUGAAUCAAAUCCGUAGAGGAGCUAGAGCUAACCGAACGUCCAGAAGAAGAGAAGAAGAUCAAGACGACUCAUAAUAUAUCUCUAUUGAACUAUCUAGAUUAUUUAAUAAUGGAUAAUGUUUUACGAAAUCUUUUAAUUUGAAUAUUGUCAAAUUCCGAAGUUCAUUAUAAUUUUGAUAACUUGAUUUUUGUGUACACCAACAUAGUAGAAAUAGAGCAGCAUCUAAAAAAGGUUAGAAUACUUGAAGUUCGACGUUUUUUUUUUUUCGUAAAACAGUUCCAAAAAGUAGAAGUGAAAUAGAAGAGAAACUAAAAGUUGAUUCUCACUAUACGUUCCAUUCAUUGAUUUCUUCGUUGAAAUAAAAUAAAAUCAUCACUUUUGUAACAUUCAGUAUAUAUUGAUAAAAAAAUACCAGGAAUAAAUUUUUAGCAAACUACUAUAACUCAAUUUUAAAAUUCGAUUUUCUAGAAUACCUAAAUUUGAUUCAAAUAUCUUUUAUUCACUAAAUCGGUUUUAUUGAUUGUGAAAUUUUUAUCCAUUUUCUAUUUAUAUAAAAGGUGUCUUAAAAAGUUGCUUUUCUAUCACAAAAUCAAAGUCAAAAUUUUGGAAUAUAUUUGAAAAACUAGUAAGCAAUACGACGUUGCCAAGCUGGUUUAUUUUACUAAAAACACCAGGAAAUUAAAUUUGAGAGACCGUUCCAUAUCAAGAAUACUUAAAUUCAACACUAGGUAUAUACAUUAUAGAAAUUUAAUAUAGAAAAUAAACAUAUUUCGAGCAUAUAUUUAAAUCGGUAUGAACAAACAAAAUUUUAUCUAAAAUAUUUAUACUACAUCAACAUUGGUCCUUCUAGCCGGGUAUAAACUAAAAGUAUAUGGAAUGUAUAUUGUUGGUAUAGUGAGGAAUAUAAAGCACGUCUAGUGAGAAUCAAACAAAAAAAAUUUUAAAGCAUACUUUGAUAUUUUAAUCUUUCUAUAUGUAAAAAAGUUGAAACUGAUUUUAGAAAAAAAUGUAUUUGUAAUUUUGAGCAGCAACCUUUCGUAUCUAUCCAAUCAACAGCUAGCUGAAAGUGAAAGGUAAGGUAAGUUGAAAAAUAACAUGAAAAUUCAAAUAAAGUCCAUUUUUACACUGCUCCACAGAAUUGUGUUUUAAUAUUUCUAUUGCCGUUUAAUGUCGUUUGUAAGCAUUUGAACAGUUACAGCUGCUAUGUUUUGAUUCAAGCGAAUAAUAAACCACUUGUUUCGAAAAAAAUAAUUCUUAUAAUUCAAUAAGUGAAAAAAAAAUCUAUUAUAAUAUGAGAAUAUUUUUCACCCAUUUACUUGUGUCUAUUCAGAAUUUCACUCAAUAGCAUGUUUUUGGUAGAUAUUUCUCAACAUAUAAAGCAGAUUUGCCCUUUUUUGUGUUGUGUCGUUUGCAUAGCAACUAGCAACCCUAAUAUAUGGAAUAAUUAUGGUUAACACUCAGUGAAUAUGGAUUUUUUUAUUCAUGUCCUUAGGAAAGUGCCCUUGUUGACUUUAUACUAUCCUCUUGUUAAUGUUUUACAUUUUUCGUUUAAUUGUCCCUAUCGAAAACAAUGAGCACACAUUAAACUUUUUUACAUAAAAAGAUUGAUGUUCGUUGGUUCAAACUGUAGAUAUUUAUUUGUAAAAUUAAUUUCGUGGAAUGUUCGACUGGAGGCAAACAUAUAUUGUUGAUAUAUUUAUUUUUAAUAAACAGAAAUAUGUCAUUCACCAGGUACUAAAAAAAGUAUGAAAGAAAUAAGUAAUUGGACGUUUAUUUGCAAAAUAAGCGUCAAUGUAUCCUACUACUUAUGAUCCGAUAAAAAUAUUUGUCCUCCAUACCAAAGUGACAGAAAUUUAAACUUGUUUUACAAUUUUAGUUCUAAAGUUCUGCCAUGUUCAUCUUCAGGUUGAAAUCUUUCAAAACCACAGUCUCAAUUUGUCAUUUAGAACGUGGCAUUCUCAUUUACACAAAUAUAAUUUUUUUGAUCGUACUUCAAUUUAAAUUAUAGAAAAUUGGUCCUACAUUUACUGUAGUGCUAAAAAUGUAUGCAAGGAUUAUUAAUUCAACAUGAUUUUCAUGCUGAAUCUCUGUUCCCCUUACUAAAAUAACUGAAAUUUCAAUGAGUAUAUUCAAUUACCCAAUUAUACAAUCUUAGAUCAAAAUCUUUCAAAACAACUCUUAAAUAAGUUGAAUACGUGUCUCAUUCUGUUUUAUUGUCUCAUCAUUCCUAUUAUCUUAUUUUUAUCUGGUAUUUUCAUUUAGAAAUGUAUUUUUUGUUACUUAAUUAAAAAAAAAUAUUGUUACUAAAACUGUCAGUACAUUUUAUGUAAUUGUGUAACCCUUCCUAAUAAUUUCUCUAUUUCCUUGUGGAAUAGGCAAUUAAACAUGCUAUUAUAUCAAAUUUGAAAAAAAUGUCCAUCAAGUCAGUAAACUGAAUUUUAAAUGAGUCUUUCCAUUUCUAGUUGAAAAUCAAGUUCAAGUUCGUGUCAGAAUCUUUUGAAACAACUCUGGUGUAAAUAGAACUGCCGAAGCUUGAAAUUCAAUCUGUUUAUUGUUAUAUUUUCUUAACUUUCUCAUUCAAACUAAAACUUUUAUGAAAAACUUUUUCCAUGGAGUAAAGUUAUGAUUUUUCUACUAUCAAAACAUCAUUUGAUAUAUAAUUUGAGUUACACCAGUAAGUUAAAAUUGUUUUAGUUGUCUUCAUGCUUUGUAGUAAACUGAAAUAUCACCCAAAAUUUUAUUUCAAUGAACAGCUGAUCGUUAAAAAUAUUUUAGGCAGUUGUAAUCGAUUAAAACACCACAUUUGUCCAAAUUUAAAUUGAAUUAAAUUUAUUAAAAAAAUAUAUACCUUACAGUUUCAUUCAUUUCACAUAAAAAACUUGUAAAAAUUGAUACUUUUACUGAUCUCCUUAUAUAAAUUUUUGUUUGUCUCCAACAUAUAAUGUAUUAUGAAAAUGUUAGUAUUAAGUUGAUAUUGAUUGUGUUGAAUUAAUCGGGAAUGUUAUUGUGUAAUUCAUGUUACCAAUUAAUGUAAGUUACUGUGAUUUAACUCAAUUUUACAUUUACUUUGUAAUUUGACAAGGCAAAUAAAUUUUUAAAAGAUAGUUUGGUUUUAUUCACAUCCAAGUGCCCAAACAACUAAAAACUGAACAAUUCUUGAUUUGGAAAAAUAAUAUCGAAUACGUUGAAACUUCGAUAAGAAAAGAAGACAAUGGUAAUAUUACUUAAAAUACCCCUGAAAGGGCUUGAACGGAAACAUUAAAGUUAUGUUCAACGAAUUUCGAACAAAUUAGAAAUUUGACACAAGAAAAGCUCUUAGGAAAAAAUAAUCUCAAUAAGACUGAAACUUCCACAAGACAAGGACGCAAUGUUGAGAAUAUCACUUAAGAUACACCCACAGAAAUACCCUAAGAAAAAAUGCAAACUUAGUUGUUAUUCAGUGGAAACAAUGCUGUGGAUUUUUGAUGCUAGUGCCCUCCAUGGUAUGUGGCACAACACUGGAUUCUUAAUCAUUUCCAUCCAGUUCCAAUUUUGCAGUUUCCUCAAUUCAUGAUAAAAAAUUAUUUCACAUGAUUAUGAUAUCUCUUUUAAGAUGAAAACUGACAAAAUACAGAAGUGAAAAG